GCAUGUUCGCCAGGGAGUCCGCGAAGCGUUCACGUCCCAGCUCUGCACUCCUUCACCGGCCGGACACCACCAGCUCAGCCAGAGUGGACGGUAAUAGAAGUGGAUGCGGCGGCAGAAAGGCGGAGAGCCCGGAGUUAGCGCAGGAAUACACGGAGUCCCCAACAAGACUACAGGCUGCCCGUACGUCUCUCUCCUCUGAACGUGGACAACAUGCAUGUGCUCCUCUGGGGCUUGGGGUUCCUACUAUUCCCUGAUCUCUUGAAUGUAGUCGCAUCCACAGGGAGAUUACUCCGGAGUUCAAGCACAGCACCAGAGGAGUUGGCCGUUUAUGAGAUUGUAACACCGGUGCGAGUGAAUGAAGCCGGUGACAAGCUCCCAGCCGGUGUGCACUUCAAAAGGAAGAGACGGAGUUUGGACGAGGGCACCGGCAACACUGCGGAUCACUGGGCCGCGGCAAACAUCCACUACAGGAUAUCUGCUUUCGGCAAGAACUAUCACCUCAACCUCACGCUGGAUUCGGGAUUUAUUGCACCCGUUUACACUUUGACAAUACUUGGAGCGCCCCGAGGAGAUAACGGGACCGCUUUUGCAACAGAUGCGGAAAGGGAGGAGGAAGAGGAGGAGGAGGACACGGAGUUAAGACACUGCUUCUAUAGUGGACAUGUGAAUGCCCAUGCACAACACGCCGCAGUCAUCAGUCUGUGCUCCGGACUGUUUGGCACUUUCAGGUCUCCUGAGGGGGAGUAUUUUGUGGAGCCCCUGCAAAGCAACCAAGGGGAACACUAUGAAGAGGAACACACAAAACCUCAUAUCGUAUACAGGAAACUUUCAUCCGGGAAUCGCACAUCCGAAGAGACCUCAGCUUGUGACACUUCAGGACACAAACACAGGCAGAGGCAGAAGGCAAGGAGAAGACCAGCCCCCGUUACCAGCGUUGCCCCUCUAGUCGGCGCUGGCAUGCUCCACGACCUGGGGUCACUGAGCGCCAGCCUGACCGGUAGCGCUUGGCUCAGAUCAGAGCACGCCGUUGCCAGCAGCAGACCGUCAAAUGAUAGCAGUGGUGACUCAGGACCUCACAGAAGAUCAAAGCGCUUCCUCUCCUACCCGCGCUUUGUUGAGGUCAUGCUGGUUGCCGACAGCAAAAUGGUGGAGCAUCACGGCAGCAACCUGCAGCACUACAUACUCACAUUGAUGUCUAUAGUCUCCUCCAUCUAUAAAGACCCAAGCAUUGGCAACCUGAUUAAUAUUGUGAUUGUUAAGUUAGUGAUAAUCAACAACGAGUUGGACGGUCCGGCUAUUUCAUUUAAUGCACAGACCACUUUAAAGAACUUCUGCAUCUGGCAGCAAACACAGAACAUCCUGGAUGAUAACCACCCCUCCCAUCACGACACCGCCAUCCUUAUCACCAGGCAAGACAUCUGCAGAGCUAGGGAUAAGUGUGACACAUUAGGGCUUGCAGAGUUGGGGACGGUGUGUGAUCCAUACAGAAGCUGCAGCAUCAGUGAAGACAAUGGGCUCAGCACUGCCUUCACCAUAGCCCAUGAACUGGGCCAUGUGUUUAACAUGCCUCACGAUGACAGCAACAAGUGUAAGGAGGAUGGUGUGAAGUCACAGCAGCAUGUCAUGGCUCCCACGCUUAAUUACAACACAAACCCUUGGAUGUGGUCCAAGUGUAGCAGGAAGUACAUCACAGAGUUCCUCGACACAGGAUAUGGUGAGUGCUUGCUCGACGAGCCCAUUUCUAGGCCUUACAGUCUCUCGCAGGAGCUGCCCGGGCGGAUAUACAGUGUCAAUAGACAGUGCGAAUUGAUAUUUGGACCAGGAACGCAGGUGUGCCCUUUUAUGACUGAGUGUUGGAGGUUGUGGUGCACAAGUCCAGAGGGCGCCCAGCGGGGCUGCAGGACGCAGCACAUGCCCUGGGCUGACGGCACUGACUGCGCACCUGGAAAGCACUGCAAACACGGCCUGUGCAUUCCCAACGAGCACGAUGCCAUGCCUGUGGAUGGAGCGUGGGGGGUUUGGAGUCCUUUUGGUACAUGUUCUCGAACAUGUGGUGGUGGAAUAAAGAUUGCGAUGCGCGAAUGCAACCGACCAGUGCCCCGGAGCGGAGGAUUGUAUUGUGUUGGUCGCCGGAUGAAGUUUCGUUCCUGCAACUCUGAGCCAUGCUCUAAGCAAAAGAAGGGCUUUAGGGAGGAACAAUGUGCUAUUUUUGACGGAAAGCACUUCAACAUCAACGGUCUUCCUCCUAAUGUGCGAUGGGUUCCCAAAUACAGUGGAAUUCUGAUGAAGGACAGAUGUAAGCUGUUCUGCAGGGUGGCGGGCAGCACUGCCUACUAUCAGCUCAGGGACAGGGUCGUCGAUGGCACGACAUGCGGACCCGAUACCAACGACAUCUGUGUCCAGGGCCUGUGCAGGCAAGCAGGUUGUGAUCAUGUUCUGAACUCUAAAGCCAGGAGAGAUAAGUGUGGUGUCUGCGGAGGUGACAACUCUUCCUGUAAAACGGUAGCAGGAACCUUCAACACUGUACAGUACGGCUAUAAUGAAGUAGUGCGAAUACCCAGUGGUGCUACAAAUAUAGAUGUGCGUCAACACAGCUACUCAGGGAAGCCGGACGACGACAACUACCUCGUGAUAUCAAACAGCCGUGGAGAAUUCCUGCUCAAUGGAGAAUUUGUGGUGAGCAUGUUCAAAAGGGAAAUCAAAGUGGGAGAUGCCAUCAUUGAGUACAGUGGCUCUGACCAUGUUAUCGAGAGGAUCAACUGCACUGACCGCAUUGAAGAGGAGAUUAUUGUCCAGGUGCUCUCUGUUGGAAACCUUUACAACCCAGUUGUCAGGUACUCUUUUAAUAUCCCAAUAGAGGAUAAGCCUCAGCAGUUCUUCUGGGAUGCUUAUGGGCCCUGGCAGGAGUGCAGUCAUCUGUGCCAAGGAGAGCGCAAGCGUAAGAUUCUCUGCAGCCGAGAGUCGGACAGGGUGGUGGUGUCAGACCAGCGCUGCCACAGUGAAGAUCGGCCUGCUGUCAUUACUGAGCCCUGCAACACAGAAUGUGAACUCAGAUGGCACGUAGAUCGUAAAAGCGAGUGCACAGCCCAGUGCGGCAUUGGAUAUCGCACUCUAGUCAUACACUGCACCAAAAUCCGCCGCUCAGAUGGCAAGGUCCAGAAAGUUGAUGACCGGUACUGUAGUGGGCAACACAAACCUGACGACAGGGAAAGUUGCCAUGGAGAUUGUAACCCUGGUGGGUGGGAUUAUUCACCCUGGUCAGAGUGCUCAAAUAGCUGUGGCGGGGGCACCCGGCGUCGAGGGGCGGUGUGUCGAAAGGCGUCUAAUGGUGGCGAUGAUGAAAGCAAAUGCAGUCAAAGGGAUAAACUGACCGUCCAACCUUGCAAUGACUUCCUCUGUCCACAAUGGAAGACUGGUGACUGGUCUGAGUGCCUUGUAACAUGCGGGAAAGGCUACAGACACCGUCAAAUAUGGUGCCAGUUUGGUGAGGACCGCCUGGAUGAUCGCUUCUGUGGCACAUCCAAACCUGAAUCAGUGCAGACGUGCCAGCAGCAAGAAUGCGCCUCUUGGCAAGUUGGACCAUGGGGACAGUGCACUACCUCCUGUGGGCCAGGCUACCAGAUGCGAGCAGUAAGGUGUGUGGUGGGCUCCUAUGGUGCUGUCAUGGACGACACUGAAUGUAAUGCUGCCACGCGACCCACUGAUACACAGGACUGUGAAGUGGCCCAGUGUUCUAGCAGCCACCCUGUUCCCCCAGGAAUUAAAGUCUCUUCAACCCAGGGCCACAGAACCCAGUGGAGGUUUGGAUCCUGGACUCAGUGUAGCGCCAGCUGUGGCAAAGGCACACGGAUGCGCUAUGUGAGUUGUCGUGACAACCAGGGUGGUGUGGCAGAGGAGACGGCAUGCGCUCACCUACCAAAACCACCUGCCAGGGAGGUGUGCUCAGUUGUAGCUUGUGGACAGUGGAAGGUGCUGGAAUGGACAGCGUGCUCUGUGACGUGUGGGCAGGGGAAGACGACACGACAGGUGUUGUGCGUCAGUUUCAGUGACCAAGAAGUUGAUGCUAGUGAGUGUGAUCCAGAUGACCAUCCAGCUUUAGAGCAGGACUGUGCCAUGCCUCAGUGCCCAUCCCAGUCACGACCUUCGCCGUCAUCACCGAAGACCAUCACCAGGAGCAAUGUGGUCCAUAGCCACUCCCACCAAUGGCGUACCGGACCCUGGGGCGCAUGCUCCAGCACAUGUGCAGGAGGCUUCCAACGACGAGUGGUUGUGUGCCAGGAUGAAAACGGUUACCCUGCCAACAACUGUGAGGACCGCAGCCGACCCAGUGAGCAACAAUCCUGUGAGUCAGGCCAAUGUCCUCAAUGGGUCUACGGCAACUGGGGAGAGUGCACUAAACCCUGUGGAGGUGGGAUGAAGACAAGGUUGGUGGUGUGCCAGCGUCCCAACGGUGAGCGUUUCAACGAUCUGAGCUGUGAGAUCCAUGACAAGCCACCAGAUCAAGAGCAGUGCAAUACUCAGCAGUGUCCUGCUAGCCCUCAGUGGAGCACAGACCCAUGGAGCUCGUGCUCAGCAUCAUGCGGAAGAGGUGUCAAAUUCCGUAAGGUGAGCUGUGUGAUCGGAUCCGGCCGCUCCAUCCCAGAGGAAAACUGCAGACACUCGUCCCCCAAACCCAGCAGGCAGAGGCGUUGCCGAGGUGGAAGAUGCCCAAAGUGGAAGACUGGCAGCUGGGGAGAGUGUUCAGCCUCAUGCGGUGACGGAGUUCAGCGGCGGGAGGUUUUCUGCCAGGUUGGAGACCACCGCAGCCCCGCCGAGACCGGCUGUGUCCAGCGCUCCCGUCCGGCGUCCAGCCAGAGCUGCCGUGUCGCAGACUGUCCCUCUCGGUACCGGUGGAGAGAAGGGGACUGGCAGGCGUGCAGUAAGUCCUGCGGAUCGGGCCAUCGAAGGCGAGCAUUGCAGUGUGUUGAUUACAACCGACAUGAGGUCCAUGAAAUGUACUGUGUGAACGAGAUCAGACCGCCAGUCAUAGAGAGCUGCAACACACAGGCUUGUGAACUAGUCUGGAUCACUGGGGAAUGGACAGAGUGCUCAGUGAGCUGUGGUCAGGGCUACCGUCAGCGUCUCGUCUCCUGCAGUGAGGUGCAUGUGGAAAAUGACAACUAUGAUUACGGUCAUCAGUCUUUGUCCAACUGCCCUGGAACCCCCCCAGAGAGCUACAUGCCCUGUAGUCUGGGCUCAUGCCCACUUCCACAGGAAUGGAGGGCUGGAAUCUGGGGACCGUGCUCAGUAAGCUGUGGGGAUGGAGUGAUGGAGAGGACAGUGCAGUGUGUGUCAUCAGAUGGACAAGAAAGCAACAGAUGUUCUCCAGAUGCAGAGCCUGAAACCAGAAACGUCUGCGCUAAUCCAAGCUGUGAGUGCUGCAGGAAGACCUGCACGCUUUUGCUACGCAUAGGCAAUUUGCCUUCCAGCUGUCUUGACAUCCAAAGCACAAAAGGUCCGAUUCCCGACAGUGAACAUUUUCUCAGUGUUCAAGGAAAAGUUCUCAAGGUCUACUGUGCAGGAAUGCAGACAGAGACUCCACAGGAAUACAUCACCUUGACAACCGGAGAAGAGGAGAAUAUUUCUGAGAUCUUUGGCUUCAGGCUCAAUGACCCUUCUCAAUGUCCUGCCAAUGACUCCAGAAGAGAAGACUGUGACUGUCAAAGAGACUACAUGGCUGCAGGCAUGACCACCUUCUCUAAAGUCCGCCUGGACCUGAGAAGGAUGAACAUCAUCACUACAGACUGGCGGUUUGCUUUCACCCAUGAUGGCCAGAGUGUCCCGUUUGCUACAGCUGGAGACUGCUACAGUCUGGCCCACUGUCCACAGGGACAGUUUAAGAUCAACUUGUCAGGAACAGGUUUUAAGGUAGCUGAGGACACUUCAUGGAUCUCUCAGGGAAACUAUGCGGCAACUCGCAUCCAGAAAUCACAGGAUGGCAGCAGAGUGAAAGGGAUUUGUGGAGGUUACUGUGGAAAAUGUACACCGUCCUCUGGUGACACUCUGUCUGUAAUACUGGAAUAGAUCUACAGCAGCAAAACAGCUCCAGUGGUGUGUGUGGUCUUCUUCAGGUGCUCAUUUUGCGACCUUAAUCCUCAUCAAUGGUCCUACGGCCAACUUGGAGCUCAAACCCAUCCUUCACAUGACCUCUUUGACUCAUUUUGUGUAUAGUGUAAAUUAUUCCGCUGUACGUACUGUAAAUAGACUGAUCAAAUCUCUUAUUUAUUCUACUUGUCAUUUAUUUUUGUAUUGUAAGAUAACUUGUAUUGUAAGAUAACAAAAGCUGCCAACAAAUAUGUAUGCUAUUAAUGCAGUUUUUGUCAGAUUUGCCUUCCACAUUUAUCAUUGAUAUUUAACUUUAACAUUACCAUGCAGUACAGCCAUAUGUGUGAGUUUUUCUCUCCAAUAAGUCUGAUAAAUUUGUAAUUAUUACCAGACCAAAUGUUUUCAUGCAGUCUCUAGUUUAUGGGCCUUCAUUUGAAGGCCAUCAAGCAGUGGCAUUUAUUCAUACAAGCAUUAUGUAAUGCCUGUUAACCACUGGACCUUAAGAGGUGGUCCUGCAGGUGCUGCAGUAAGUUGAUCAAACUCUGUGUACUUCUGCUUCCACUUACUGAGCCACUGUACUCAUUUGCAAACCUCAUGUUUAAAUUGCCUGCCUUACAGGUAUGAUCCCUCUCAUUUUUCCUUGGAUGUGCUACUUUUGAGACUGAUCAGAUCUGGAACCAGGUGUCUGAAGCCAACUGGACUGUGCUCAGGCAGCUGUGUGGGAAUUUUCCUAGUUGUUAACUGUGGCUUACAUUUGUUGAGGCAGGAGAGAGGAUGCUGGAGGUUCAUUAAGUGGGGACUAACAGGGUCAGGUGUGAGAAAAAUGUUUCUGCUGUGCAGCUGUGGAGCUCUGGCAGUCUGACUCCGAUAGAAUGUUUACACCGGAGGAACAAAUAAACCUGGAUAAUAAAAAGACACCAGUGCUUUGCAAAAAUAUUCAUACUCUUUGAUCAUUUCACAUUCGGUCAGGUUGCAACCAUGUAUUUUAUUGGGAUUUCAAAUGAGAAAGACAUGCAUAAAUAUGAAAUGAAAAGAAAAGGAUACAUGUUUUUUUUUCAUAACAUUAUGAAAAGUGUGCUGUGCAUAUAUGUUCAGCCCUUCUGUCUCAGCUGAAGACAACAGCAUGAUGCUGCCACCGCCAUGUGUUGCCAUGCAGUGCUAUGUUAGUUUUCUGCCACACAUCGCAUUUAGCUUUGUUCCCUAUAUAGCUUGUGGCAAACUGAAAUUGGGAAUUCUUAUGGCUUUCCUUCAGAAAUUGCCACAACUUUUGAUUGCAACCUGGUUGCAAUGAAUUUUAUUUGGGGGUUUCAAAAUAAAAAGAGCUGAAUGGUUUUGCUGGCUGCACUUUUCAGAUUUCUUUGUAGAUAACCUGAAAGAGCAAGUAUCGAUUUUUUUUCCACUUCACAACCAUGCAACAUUUGUGUCGGUUCUGUCACAUAAAACCCAAUUAAAAUGUGGAAAAUUGUAAACACGUUCAAGGGUGUGAAUGCUUUUGCAGGGUACUUUAUCUCUGUUUAGUCAUCUAAGAAUACGCAUUACAGGAUUAUAAUGAUGCCUCACAUCAAAGAGAGGUCAAUUCCUCUGUGUUCCAACAUAUCUCUCGGUCAGUGUGCAGUAACCAGAAAGAGCCUUUAGUGUUUUUUACCAAACAGUCAGGUUAUCUUAUCUGGGCUUUCUUGGAACAAUAAAAGAAAAAAGACUUCACCUCAAGCCAAACAAGGUUCCACAGAUACUCUGGAGAUGUAAUAAAAAAAAGGGGGGGGGGGGGGGGGGUCCCUGGAGACGAGGCGGUCUGCUGUAUUCACAGGCCCUGCAGUGAGUUCUGUCCAAAUGUUGCUUGUGCUUCUUGUACCUCAUUCUUUUCUCCAUCCGAAUCUGUCCAAUCUGCACAUCUACUCAUCUGAGCUUUCUGCGUUGUUGUUUUAUAUGAAGAAAUCAGGGUACUUUAUACUUGGUGCAGUGUUUUGCUCCUGAUCGGCUUAGGUAUUAGAAAGUCCAGAGGGAAAUGUGUGGAUUAUCCAUAACUGACAUAAGUCAUUUUAUUACUGUUAUGAGCCAUUGUGUGUGGUGCUAUUUCAGUGCCUUAUGUGUGCGUACUUCAGCCAAAGACUUCACUACAGUCUUAAUCUACAACUCAACGAGCAGUAAAGACACACAGAAGAAAACAUGUUGUGUCUAACUGAUGGUCUUAACUGACAAAUGCACUUCUGAUUGUCAAAAUAUAGUCCAAUCAGGUUCUCAGGUGUCACAAUGAAGGGAUUAUUUUAUUUAAGUUUGCUCCAUUGUUUUUUUCAUUUCACAUGUGUUUACCAGGUAACAUAAAAUAUAUCAUUGCUUUUAACAUUGCAAAAUGCCAUUAUAUGUAGAAAUCUUUUUAAAUGAAAGUAUUUAUUGUACCUGUGUAUGUGAUUGUACAUAAACAUUGGCUAUGAAUGAUUACCGACGAGGGUUGCCAUAAAGUGAACCAUCUUGUAGUAUUAUUUUCCUGUUUUGUAAAUAAAGUUAUUUAUAUUUCAGCCAUGUCGGCAUAAAAUGUAUGAACAGAAUUUGGUUGUGUCACAUUAAAACAGUGAUUUAUGUAUGAAAGCAGAAGGGGAAUGAUUGGAUUAUAAUAAAAUGCCUUACAUGCA